CAAACGGCGGCCAUGCUGGAUAUUUUUUGACGUUUCGAACGAAGUGGUACGAACUUUUCGGGUGAUCUUUUGCAGGAUUCGAUUGGAUUUGAACCACGUUUCAGCCGAGUGAAAAAUGAGCGGCGGCAUCAAAAUGUACGCGGCGCGCCAGAUCGUGCGACACGAUCUGCCCGUCGAGCUGCCCAACUGCAUGUACACCCUUGCAAACAUCCAUAGGAACGGUGUCACCACCAAGGCCAGUGCGACGAAGGUGGCGACAGGGCAACAUCAGCAGCAGCAGCCGUCCGCAGACAUUUCCGAGCAGGUUAAACUGUUUUUAAAGAACAACUCCGACUUGAGGGGGAUGGCAGCGUUGGAGUCGAAACAGCAGCAGUUGCUCAAGCAGCUCGAGGAGCUGAAGCAGCAGAUGCUCGGCAUCAAAGAUGAUCUCAAGGCUAUCGGCGGAAGCACCCCUGUCUCCAAAUCCACCUGCAAAAAAUCAUCAUCAGCCAAAACUGUUAGCAAUAAAUCACUUAAGGUAUCGAAUAUUCCCGACAUCGUGAUCAACGUUCAAAAGAAUGCGGACGCACCGAAGAUCUCCGUCAGAUUGAUCUGGAAGAACAUUGGCUUCAAUCAAAUGGAACUGAUGGUGUGCUCCGUUCCCAUACUGGACGAGUGCAACUUCUUGAGGCACAUCUGCAGACUGACCGGAGGUUUAUCGUACGACGAGAAGAACUUCGAGAUCGACGAUCUGCUGGAUCUCAGCUACAGCAUCGCCAAGUCGCAGACGAAGCAGAAACGCAUGGAGCUGAUGCAGCUGGUGAACAAGAGGCUCGGCAAGAGCGAUUUCUUGUUAGGGGAGACGGGUUUCGGUGUUGCGGACGUCGCCCUCUACUCCGCCAUCAAACAGGUGGCGCAAGGAGCCGAGAUCAACGUGAAUCUGACCAGGUGGAUGAAGAACUGCGAGGCUGCUUAAUUUAAUCAUUACCGACGAUUUCUUAAUAAAUUUAUUUUAAUCUAA